CAUGAAAUGUUCAUUGUAUUCAUAUCAAUCCAUAUAAUUUCCACUCGAUCAAUAACAACAAAUUCCAAAAAAUAAGACAAAUUGGCGGAGCUUUUGGGUGGCCGAUCGGAGGCAGAUCGAGGGUACCCCCCCACGGGAUAAUGCCCCGAUCAUUCCCUCACUACUGCUCCAAAAACUCCUCUGUUUCAGAGAAUACCCACAGGAGACGAGACUGGCGAUUGAGAGGAGAAAGGAGGAUCCCAGGGCUGUCUGGCUGCUGUGAGACGGAGAAGAUGAGGUGCGGCUGCUGUGAGGUGGAGAAGCGACCAGAAAUCUGUGGCUGCUGUGAGGCGAUGUGGACAAUGACCGGAGGUAUGCGAGCAGAUCUGGAAGUGGCUGCCGGCGGUGUUCUUUGCAGAAGGGAGAAGAAUCGAGAGCUUCCUUCUUCUCCUUUUUUAUUUGGGGGGUCUCCCGCCGUCUGUUCUCCGAAGAAGGGAUCUCUGUCCCGGGCCAGAAAAGGAGAAAAACAGCAGCUCAAAAAUUAAAAUGGAGAUCCUCUGGUUCUUUCUUUAGGGGUGUAUGCUUAUAAAAAUGGUUUUUUGAAGGCGGAAUGAUUGAGAGAGAAAGAAAGCCACGGGUCCAGUGGAGGCCGAGAGCCUGAUGCCUGGAGAAGAAACCGGGAAGGCUCCGGGUGCUGGACAUGAGAUUUUUAGGGGUGGAUUGAAGAUGGAUGACGGUGAUGGUGCGAGGAGAAUGGAAACAAGGUGGGGAUGGUGAUGGUGGCAGAAAAUCGGAGGUUCAGAAAGCAGAAGGAUCUAGAGCUUUUUUUUUUUUUU